UCGUUGGGUCGGCCACCAACCUCAGGGACCACUUCCUGAAGGGCAAGUGUAGUAUUGACCGUGUCACCCGCCAGUUGGGCGCAGAGGAGGGUUUUGAGGAGGACAGAGGGGAUUCGAAUGGGAACGAUGCAGGCGAAAUCCCUUAUUGGAGGGAAGGGAAGCGCAGGUGCGGGUCCGAGCGGAGCUCCCUCUUGGAGCAGCUUGGUCGUCCCAUCCCCGACAGCGAGCAGGCCCCCUGUUCCGAUCGUUGGUGGAUCAAACACACCCGCGACGUCCGGGAACGCCGCACUGUCCGUCGGACAGCCGAUGAGGCAAACUCUGAUCGAGGAGGCGGACAACAUCAUCACUCGGAAUGAGCAGACCAGCAAACACCUGGACCAUUUCCUGAUUUGCACGAACCAACCGUUCAGCUUGGUUGAGGACCACUACUUCCUUCAGCUCAUCGAUGCAAUUAAGAAGUGCCAUCCUAGUUGGUGGUCGUGCAAGAGGGACGAGAUGAGAACGAAGCAGUUGGACGAGCAGCGCAAACUUGUUGGGGACGACAUGAUGAGUCUUGUGAGGAAGUGGAAGAGGACGGGCUGCAUGCUGCAAAUGGACGGGUGGUCGGAUAGGAGGAACAAACCACAUCUCAACGUGAUGGUUUCCUCCCCGGUUGGCACUGUGUUUUGGAAGUCCGUUUGCAUGGAAGGCAAGGACUCCGAGAAGGAUUCAGCGGCUUACUUCAAGCUGCUGGAAGGAGUCAUUGAGGAGAUUGGUCCGCAGUCCGUCGUCGACGUCGUGAUGGACAAUCGAUUGGAUUGGAUGAAGGAAGUCGUCGACAAGGGUAACCGAGUAGGCAAGUUUGUGACCAACAUUGACAAGGUCCGCGCGAUGUUCAACAGAAUCGCAAGCGCCCAACUCAAACGCCCAGCUGUCACGAGGUUCGCAACGAACUUCAAAAUGCUGGAGUCGCUAAAGAGAGGGGGGACUUCACUUGAGAUGUGCGUCGGGAACGUGGCAUGGGUUAACAAGUUGGUGAGGGUUGAACAGGUGGCGGCAUUCCACGCUGUUACGCGCACCAUCGUGGACAGUGACUUUUGGGAUGAGGUCGAUAGAGCAAUCGCUGUCAUGGAGCUCGUAGUCAAGUUGCUGCGUUUGGUGGACGGUCCUAGAGCGACUGUCAGCAAAGUCUACUUCGGCAUGGACGAGAUUGUGGCACAAAUGCGAGUCCUCGACUGUCUAACGCAGGACGAAAAGUUAGCGGUGGAGAACAUUCUCAUGGACCGGUGGGCGUUCUUGACAUCGGAGUUGCAUUGCGUUGCAACCUUUCUCGAUCCGGAGUAUCGGUCGCUGACCAUGCGGGACACGGAGAUCCGCGAGGGAUUCAACAUCUGGCUCUAUUCUUGGGCGGCACCGGAGCUGCUGAAUGAAAUCAGCAGGCAAGUCAACUUUUGGGUCCGCGGAUUGGGCACAUUCGAGACACAGAACGCAAAGGAGCAGGCCAAGCAGCAAACACCAGCACUCUGGUGGGAGGCGUUCCGGAGAUCAUUGGACCUUCUCCAACCGCAGGCCAUCAAGCUUAUCGGCCAGGUGAGCUCUUCGGCCGCGUGCGAGCGGAACUGGAGCUUGCACCAGCUCAUAUACGGACAGCGGCGCACCACACUCCUACCCGAGAGACUGGUGAAGCUGGUUUACAGCAAUUGGAAUAUCCAAUUGGCCAUAAGGAGGGAGCGCAGAGAGACGGAGGACAACAACAUUCCUUGGAAGGACAAUGACCUUGCGAAGACGGAGGUGGAGGAGUGGUAUGAAGACUGGACUAGGCAGGUCAUUGAUGGAAGCGCUGCUGAUGCAGCCGUGGGGGAGGUUGCAGAUGAUGAUGAUGAAGAUGGCCCUUUGGUGCGUACGUGGCAAAAGAACGAUGAGGAGGACGACCUCGCGGACGAGGAGGAUGACAUCGCCCUGCUCGGCUCAGAGCAACGCACUUGGCAUACGAACACGAAGCCAGGGAAGCACCAAGCGCGUGAGCUGCGCCGAAAGGGGAAGAGUAAGGAGGGAGGCAAUGAAGUCGUGCCGCCGAAAAGGAAGAGGGGGCGGCCUCCUCUUUCACCUGCAAAGAAGGUUGCGAAUGCUGCAGCGAAGGUUGUGGAGAAGGCCGCAGAAGACGAAGAGACCGCAGCCAAGGCAGCAAAAGCAUCUGACGUUGCAGAGGCAAGGCCGAAGAGGAAGCGUGCGCCCCGGGUCAUGGAGGACGGAGAUGACAACCUGCAUGGCAAGGCCGCAGCACAGUCUUCUAGAUCGACGUCAUCAUCGUCCGAAGAAAGAUCCCAAUCGUCAUCAUCCUCGUCAUCAUCGGAGGAGGCUUCCGAGGACGAGCAGUCGCAGGAGGAGUCUGGCGGGGAGCACGCGUAAGGGGAGGAGGCAGAGUAGACCGCACAUUUCGCACAUUUCGUAGAUACAGUCGAGUGUUCAGUGGUUGAGCAGUCAGAGUAAUGUUCACAUUUUUGCCU